UUAGCGUGCGCCAUUUUGAUAUAUUCGUGUAUUUCGGCGUAAUGCAUUUGAAUGAAUAUUUUAAUAAAAUACACUAGUUUAAAGGGCGAAAAAGUGUUAAAAAUGUUAUUGAAAGGUGCAGAAACAAAAAGAGUGAAAAAGUUGUUUCGAAAUGUUAAUAGUUUGAGUAAAAAGUGUGUUUAAAGAAAAGGACCGCAUCGCAAGUGAAAAAUUUUCAGACGACUACAUAAAAAUUUGUUCGUGUCCCGAAAGCCAAGCGUUUCUUCGGUCUCGUGUAUUCCACUCAUAAAGGAAAAAAGAAAAUUGAAAAUUUCCAACUUUCCCCGUGAAAAACUGUGAAAAAAUUUAAAGACUUUAAUAGCGUGGUGAUUAUAGAAAAUCUAGAUACCUAUUAAUGGACUGGGAUUGUUGUAAGUGAGCCAAAUAUAGCAGUGUAUUUGAGUUGGUUUUGAAAAACUGAAACUGUUUAUGUGAAAGUGAUUACGACUAAUGGUUAUGAAUAGUUUUGCAAUCGUUUUUAAACAAUUCAUAUUCCAAUAGUUUAAAAGAGCAAAGUUAGGCAGGUGUGGCUAGAUACAAGGUUUGCCUGCCAUUAAAUAUAUCAUACAUUUGCUGGAUUAUUUGAAUGAAUCGUCUGCGCAAACAUUAAUUGCCGAACAGCCUCCGGGUGGAGUCCUCGUCAUAAUUUUGAUAUAGCUUGGAGCAUAGAACUUGGAAGAGGGGCUUACACUACCCUCGUUUCCACAUUAAUUGCAAAAUUAAGUAGAGAAUAAAAGUAGUUGGUGCCGACAUUACGCACUAAUAAAAGUCAUCGACGAAUUGAAAAGUGAAAAAGAAUCAGACGAAAUAAAUACAAGGCAUAGACAGAAUAAGCAAAAGAAAAGAAACUCGUUGUGUUUUCUUUUUAAUACAACGUUCGCGCAGUACCAUCGCUUGGCAGAAGUGAAGCAAUCGUCGAAGGUGGUCAUCGUAGCUGCAUGGUAAUUGUUAUUGCAAUCAUCACUGUGUACUUAUUUAUGUCUCUCUCACACCUAUUGGCGAGUAAUGGUAAAAAAAGCCGCAUGCGAAUAGGAUACAUAGAAAGUGAGUAGGGAACAACGAAAAACAAAACAAAGUACGCAAAGAACAGAAACAGCAGAUAUUAAAGUCAAAAACGACGAAUAUUAGGAAGAAGCAGAUUGUGCAAAGUAAAGCAAGACAAAGCAAUGUAAAAACAGAGCUGUUGUCUUAUUCGAAAUGUUUUUGUAGUGAAUUGGUGAAAAUCGCUGGUGAAAAAUCAUGAGUGUAUCGUGAAUACAACCAAACGAAGAAGUGACAAAGUGGAAGGGAAAAGCCGUAUACAGAUUGUUGGUGAUUAUUCGGACAGUUUUUGUUACAAAUCUUUUUAGCACAAACAUCGUAGAACAGCAUUGCACUGUGAACUCUACACUUUCGGAAAUUUUGCCUGAUUAAAGGAAUAUUAAUUUUACAGUGUUUUCUACUUCAAGAUUUGGACAUACAAUAAUUUUAUGCGCGACGUUGCAGUGAUGAUAUAAAUGCAUAACUCAGCAGUGCAGUUGCAGCGGCCGUUGACGGAAACUAGAAGCCUCUUACAACAGCAACUGCAAAAAUUAUAUACACCUGGGAUUGAGUCAAAUAAGUAAUGAAUGAGAAAAUAAAAUCACCCUCUGGGCAGGGUGGUGCAGCUGGCGGAGGAGGGGUAGGCCCACCAAGCGGACCCAGUGGUCCAGUUGGAUCUGGCAGUACUGGUAAUAGCGGUAAUGGUGGGCCAGGUGCUGGUGUCCCAGGUGGUCCAGCUACACUUAAUUCAGCCAUAGGCGGUGGUCCACCCAGUGGAGGUCCACCGGCACCUAAUAACGGUAGUGAUCAACAACAACAUACAAUUCCGCAUUCAUAUGGACCACCUGGUAGUGAUCCAGUCGCUGCAAUAUCACAUUAUCAUAUGCACCAACAGCAGCAUCCGCAACAACAUUUGUCUCACCAGCAGAGUGGCCCCGGAGGCCCUGGAGUCCCACAAAACCCCGGUGAGCAUCCACAAAAAGAUGAAUACGGACAAGGUUCUUUGGGUGGACCACCACCACCACCUACUGGUGGGCACCAUCCCGUUUACGGACGUUAUCAUCAUCCAGAUCCAAAUAUUGAUCCAUACCGCUAUGGGCAUUCGCCUAUGCAACAGCCGCCUCCUGGAGGCAAACCACAACAACAACCAGGACCGCCGUCUGGACCGGGUGGUGGUAUAGCCUCUCCCAGUCGACCACCACAGCAACGAUAUAUUCCCGGGCAGCCACCGCAAGGUCCUACCCCCACAUUAAAUUCUUUAUUACAAUCGUCGCAUCCACCGCCGCCGCCACAACAUCGUUACGCAAAUAGUUAUGAUCCACAACAGCAGCAACAAGUGGCGCAACAGCAACAACAAGGCGGACCACAUGGACCGCCUCCUCCACCACAUCAACCAUAUGGAGCGCAACAAGGUUGGGCGCCACCACCACGUCCAUAUAGCCCACAAUUAGGACCGUCGCAGGCCUAUCGAACGCCACCACCGACAAAUACUUCCAGAGGUCAAUCACCUUAUCCGCCAACACAUGGUCAAAAUUCAGGUUCCUAUCCAAGUUCACCCCAACAACAGCCAGGCGGUCCACCACCGCCACCUCCGCAAUCAUCAAAUCAAGGAACGGCUGCUGCACAAUACUCACCGUAUCCACAGCGGUAUCCUACACCGCCUGGACCGGCGACAGGUCCUAAUCAUCGAACUGCCUACUCACAGCAUCAGUAUCCUGAACCGAAUCGACCUUGGCCCGGUGGUACAUCGCCGGCACCUAGUCCUGGGCCUGGUGGCCAUCCUCAUCCCCCAGCAUCACCACAUCAAUCACAGCAUGGCGGCCCACCGCCCAGCAGUAGUCCCGGGCAUGCACCGAGUCCUUCACCGCAGCCAUCACAGGCGUCACCAUCACCACAUCAGGAAUUGAUCGGCCAGAAUAGCAACGAUAGUUCUAGUGGCGGCGGGCACAGCGGCAUGGGUUCGGGGCCGCCGGGAACACCCAAUUCACAGCAAGUAAUGCGUCCCACACCUUCACCAACAGGCUCUUCAGGUUCGCGUUCCAUGUCACCAGCAGUGGCACAAAAUCAUCCAAUUUCACGACCUUCUAGUAAUCAAUCGAGUAGUGGUCCGAUGCAACAGCCUGGCGCUUCUGGACCUCCACCACCCCCGCCCCAUAUGCAAGCGGCGCAAGGUGGCGGUGGUCCACAGCAACAACAACAGCAGCAGCAAAUGCCUGCACAAUCGCAAUCUCAGCAACAGCCUAUAGGUGGACCUGGUGGUGUGCACAGCUCACCAUCUGGUGUUGGUGGCUCGCAACAACAAGUUGGUGGUCUACCGCCAGGUGGUCCUGGCGCUCCUACAGGUCCGCAACAACAACAACUUCCGCCAAAUCAAAGCUUGAACAGUAUGUCAACACCACCUCCGCAAGGGGCGGGUGGUGGUGCGGGCGGUUACCCACCACCGCCACAUAUGCAUGGUGUCUAUAAAAUGGGUGGUCCAGGGCAGAGUCCGGGACCAGGACCGCAAGGUUUACCGACUGGCUACCCACCUCCACAACAGUCCCAACAAUAUUCUCAAGGAUCUUACCCGCCUCGUCCGCAAUACACACCCAGCGGUUACGCGCCCUCUCAACCGCCUUCAAAUCAACCAACCUCCGCCAAUAGUAUGCCUCCCGGUGGCGGUCCUCAAUAUCCCGGUCGGCCAAUGCCAAAUCAUACUGGUUCCGGUGGUCCACAUGCGCAGUAUCCACCCUAUCAGAAUUGGGUGCCACCAUCACCACAAGGUGGUCCCGGAGGUGGCGGCUCACCAGGCGGUGCCGGUGCUGCGGGCAUGGGCAAUCAUGUACAAGGCAAAGGAACACCUCCACCCGGCGGUCCACCACAGCCACCCGGAGGCGGCUCACCGCGCCCGCUCAACUAUUUGAAACAGCAUUUACAACAUAAGGGCGGCUAUGGCAGCGGUCCAGCGCCGCAGCAAGGCUAUGGUAAUGGUCCAGGCAUGCAUCCGGGUAUGCCAAUGGGACCACCUCACCACAUGGGACCGCCACACGGACCUACAAACAUGGGCCCACCAACAAGUACCCCGCCACAAUCGAUGGGUGGGGUUGGCCCUAUUGGCAGUAUGGUGGGUGUGAGCGGAAAUGUUGGUAGCGGAGUAGUGUUGUCCGGUGACGGCGAACACAUUUCACAGGAUAACGGCAUUAGUUCGUCGGGCUCAUCCACAGCAUCGGGACCACAUCCGGUCACUUCAGUGGUGACAACUGGACCAGAUGGCACACCCAUAGACGAAGUUAGCCAACAAAGUACGCUAUCAAAUGCAUCAGCAGCUUCUGGUGAAGAUCCACAAUGCACAACACCAAAAUCUCGUAAAAACGAUCCAUAUAGCCAAAGCCAUUUAGCGCCACCAAGCACAUCGCCGGUUGGUCAUCCCGGACAUCCAGUUGGGCCCAGUGAAGAAUAUGAAAUGAAUUCACCCCCAAAUUGGACGCGACCACCAGUAAGUCCUCAAGUUUUCAAUAGCCAUGGACCGCCACAAGAGACUUUUCGUACAUCGUCUACGAAAAAAUCCGAUAGCCUGUGCAAACUAUACGAAAUGGAUGAUAAUCCGGAGAGACGAAGUUGGCUUGAUAAACUGCGUGCGUUCAUGGAAGAGCGACGUACACCCAUCACCGCCUGUCCAACAAUAUCGAAACAACCGCUCGAUUUAUAUAGGUUAUAUAUUUAUGUAAAAGAACGUGGAGGAUUCGUCGAGGUAUGCAAGGUUACGAAAAGUAAAACAUGGAAAGAUAUCGCCGGUUUAUUGGGCAUAGGUGCCAGCAGUAGUGCUGCUUACACCCUACGCAAACACUAUACAAAGAAUUUGUUGACCUUCGAGUGUCACUUCGAUCGGGGCGACAUAGACCCAUUGCCCAUCAUUCAGCAGGUGGAAGCCGGCACAAAAAAGAAAUCGACCAAAGCCGCUUCUGUACCAUCGCCAGCAGGUUCCUCAAAUUCUCAAGAUUCAUUCCCUGCACCGGGCGCAGCCGCUAAUGCAUCGAUUGAUGGUUAUCCAGGUUAUCCGAGUGGUUAUCCCGGCACAGCAGGGCCACAGCCAGACUAUGGUGCGGGUGGUGGUCAAAUGCAACGACCACCCUCACAAAGCAACGCACAAACCCCACAUGCAGGUAAUACUCAAACAGCAGCAGUUGGUGAUAAUAUUAGUGUGAGCAAUCCUUUUGACGAUCCGGUUGUGGGUGGCGGUGGUAGUGGCAAUAGUAGCGUCAGCAAUGCGCCACCGCCGCCCCGUGCCUCCCCUUAUCAACAGGGCGUUGGCAAUGCUUACACGCCGGUGUCUAGAACGCCAGGUUCCCCAUAUCCGGGUCAACCAGGUGCUUACGGUCAAUAUGGUUCAAGUGAUCAAUACAAUGCCACUGGUCCACCGGGCCAGUUUGGUCAGAGCCAAGGACCACAAUUUCCACCACAAAAUCGAAACAUGUACCCUCCUUAUGGACCAGAGGGGGAAGCUCCUCCACCUGGUGCAAAUCAAUAUGGCCCUUAUGGUAAUCGUUCGUAUAGUCAACCGCCACCGGGUAGCUCUCAAACACCUACACCGCCUGGUUCGGCGGUAGGUGGAACUGCUGGUCCACCGACUGGUGGUCCGCAAGCGCCAGGCGGCGGUUAUCCGCCAGUUGCUCCAACUCAACAGGAUUAUUAUAGGCCGCCCGAUCAGACGCCGCAACCACGUCGACAUCCGGAUUUUGUGAAAGAUUCUCAACCCUAUCCAGGUUAUAACACCAGACCUCAAUUAUAUGGGGGUUGGAGCGGUUCAACUCAAUACCGUGGGCAAUAUCCUUCUGCACCCUCGCCACAAGGUUGGGGUAGUGCACCACCACGCACAGCCGCACCGCCUGGUGGCGGUCCACUAGGACCUCCAAAUCAACAGUCAUCUGCCGCAGUGCAAUGGGAACAGCAUCGUUAUGGCCCCCAACAGCCUCCACCUCCGCCACAACAGCAGCCACCAUACCAACAACAAGGUCAGCAGCAACAGCCACCACCACCACAGUGGGCACAAAUGGCAGGCACUGCACAGCCACCACCCCAAGCGAGCGCACCUGGCACAGCGUUGAGGCCAUCUAGCGGAGGUCCACAGCAGCCACCACAACAACGGCCCGGUAUGCCACCACCACCCGCCCAGCAACUGCCUGUUGGCCCGACGUCCAGUCAAAACAUGACAAAGCCACCUUUUGUGAUGCCACCGCCACCUCAAGUUGGCGGCACAGGUUCUCCUACUUGCGGUCCACCACCAUCUAUAGCACCACCCAGCACAGUUAAUGCGAUGCCGUCAGUUAUGGGCGCGCCUGUUGCUGGUGUGUCCAAGCCACCGGUCUCCGCCGUAAACGCUGUACCACAAGUCGGCUCUCCCGGCCUACCACAAUUACCAGCACAACAGCAGCCCCUGCAAGCUCAGCCACAGCAACAGUUUCCAACUCCUGCUGGUACCCAGAUCAUUAAAAAGGAGAUUAUUUUUCCGACGGAUAGCGUUGAAGCCACCACACCCGUGUUGUAUAGACGCAAACGUUUGGCUAAAACCGAUGUUUGUCCGGUGGAUCCAUGGCGCAUAUUUAUGGCAAUGCGCUCCGGUCUAUUAACAGAGUGCACCUGGGCGUUAGAUGUAUUAAAUGUGUUGCUCUUCGAUGACACAACGGUACAGUACUUUGGGCUGGCGCACUUGCCUGGCCUGUUAACUCUCCUUUUGGAGCACUUCCAAAAGAAUCUCGCAGAGAUGUUCAACGAUAGCGACACGGACGUUGAUCAUCAUAGGGGCGGCAGUCGAAAUGCACGUAUAGUACAAAUCUACAACCGCAAACAAAAACAUCAACAACAUGGCAUCAACGAAGUCGUCGAGUGUAACAACGAUUACGACAAAUACAAGUCGUUUCAAAUGUCAAUAGUCGAUGAUGAAGAUGAGGGCAUUGAUUUAGGCCAGAUACGUGUGCUACCAAAUCCUGAAGAGAGAAUAAUGUUGCUUUCGCACACACCCAACUACACAAUGAUGUCGCGUAAGGGCUUGCCAGUACGUCUGCAACCGGCGGAAGAAGAUAUUUUCGUAUCGAACAGACAGAAGGACUGGGACUCGGAGGAGGAGCCCAUCUAUGAGCAGACAAAUGUGACUGAACCCACUGGUUGGAGUUGGACGUAUGGUUUUGCGGAUCGCAAUGCCAAAGAUGGCAUUAUCGACGUGUUCAAGUCGGAAAUUAUAAACAUUCCAUUCGCACGUUUCAUACGUGGCAGCAACGAAAAGAGCUGUAGUAACAGUAUAGGUGCGACCAAGUCGUCAAUGAAAACUAAUGCAGAAGAUGCGAAUAAUGCUGGAACCUGCGAAACAAGCAGUAAAAUUGUGAAAAGCGAGCAAACGGAAGACGGAAGCUGCCCAGAGGAUAGUAGAGUGGAGCAUGCGUUUAACAAAAAGCGACGAUUAUUCAACAACAGCAACAGUAAUAACAGCAGCAAAUACGGUGGCUGCGAUGGUAGCGGUGCAAAGAGAUCUAAAUUGAAUGACGAUGAAAUUGCAUUUGCGCAACCUGGUCUCAUCAAAAAGGAACCCUCAGACGCUGCGCUCGUAGAGAAUUCAUCAACAGCAACUGAUAGCGACUGCCGCGAGGUCGAUAUGGAAAUUGAGUUACUGCCCCAACAACGUCUAGGUAAUUGCGGCGGUGCUAGCGUGCCGAAAAACUUUGAUCCAAUAUCGACAGUGCGAGAUGCAGCACAGGUGUUGCAGCGACGGCGUGCAUCUACGGUAGAAGAAGAGUGCUAUACACGUGACGAAGCCAGUCUUUACCUAGUUAGUGAGUGUCAAGAUGCGCUGGCGCGUCGCUGUAUCUGCCUAUCAAACAUCUUCCGCAACCUGACAUUUGUGCCCGGCAACGAAACUCUCUUAGCUAAAUCGCGCCGCUUCCUCGCUAUCCUUGGUCGCUUGCUGCUGCUCAACCACGAACACUUACAGCGAACGCCAAAAACGCGUAAUUAUGAUCGCGAGGAGGACACUGAUUUUUCAGAUUCAUGUAGUUCACUACAGGGAGAACGCGAAUGGUGGUGGGAUUAUCUAGUUCACAUACGCGAAAAUAUGCUCGUCGCCUUGGCGAAUAUUGCCGGCCAUUUAGAAUUGUCACGCUACGAUGAACUCAUCGCACGGCCACUGAUCGACGGCCUCCUGCAUUGGGCUGUGUGUCCAAGUGCGCAUGGUCAAGAUCCAUUCCCAUCUUGUGGUCCAAAUUCUGCGCUUUCGCCGCAACGGCUAGCGCUCGAAGCACUCUGUAAACUUUGCGUUACAGAUGCCAAUGUCGAUCUCGUUAUAGCAACACCACCGCAUUCAAGGCUGGAAAAGUUAUGCGCCGUGUUGACACGUCACCUGUGUCGCAAUGAGGAUCAAGUAUUGCGGGAGUUUUCCGUUAAUCUGCUGCAUUAUUUAGCCGCUGCGGAUAGUGCUAUGGCACGAACAGUGGCGUUACAAUCUCCUUGUAUCUCAUAUCUUGUGGCGUUCAUCGAACAAGCAGAGCAAACAGCUUUAGGCGUGGCCAACCAGCACGGAAUCAACUAUCUGCGCGAAAAUCCCGACUCGAUGGGAACUAGUUUGGACAUGCUACGACGUGCUGCCGGCACGUUACUACAUCUGGCCAAACAUCCGGACAACCGAUCGCUAUUCAUGCACCAAGAACAACGUCUGCUCGGUUUGGUGAUGUCAAAUAUACUCGACCAACAGGUAGCACUGAUUAUAUCCCGUGUAUUAUUUCAAGUUUCGCGUGGCACUGGUGUAGGGGGACCGUCGAUGAUGCCGUCACUGGAAUAUCGCUUCCAACAACGGCAAACUGAGGAGAAAAUCACCGCAGGCGAAAAGCACAACGCUUCCGGUAGUAUUGGCAGCAAUGAUGUAAAAGUGGAAAAUAAAGUGGAAACAGCAUCGACUGCCGCUACAGUAACAACAAAUCCGCCACAAUCUGCGGCAAAUGCGGCAACAGCACACACCACACCUCAUGUAGUAAUAAGCGAUAUUAAAAGUGAGGAACUACCAGCAACUGCCAACGACUUGAACGAUGCCAGCACCAUCAACGCAAAUGGUAACAACAGCACCAGCAGUGCGAGCAACCACAACACCAGCGACAAUAGCAACGAUCCAGCGUUCACGCACAAGUUGCCAGCAGCAGCAUCUACGCCUACAGUGAUGAGCAAGUCUCAAAACGCUUGUACCACUGUCGAUGAUAAUAGUAAUAGUAGUAACGCUCUGGCGCCCGCAGCGGCUUUGUUGAACGAUGUCAGCAAUAGCAGUACCAACAGUAACAGCUGCGGCACAGUAAGCAGUAACAGCAAUAGUAACAGUAUAAGCAGCGGCAACAACAACACCAACAGCAAUAUGCACAUAAAAAAUGCGAUUGAGAACGCCAACGUGAAUGCGCUAGGAGCAAUGGCUCCUAUGCUGGCCAGCAGUGAAACGAGUCAUUUGCAGCCAAAUCUGCUGAGCAGUAAUGGCAGUGGUAAGAAUGUGAUCAGCGCACCUAUACCCACUAUUAAUGCAGCACCACUUACGAAUACCAGCAACAACAAUGGUAAUGGGACGGACAGUCGAACCAAUGCGCAGGCAUCCGCAGCGUUAACGGGUGCGCCGACGCGAUCGCCACCUCCGCCACCACCACCAACGGCAAACGCAGCAGCAGCCGCGGCACCAUCCGCACCCACAGCUCCACCAGCAACUACAACAGCAGCAGUUGCGUAGUACAUGACGAUGUUGCCGACGUUAGCAGCUGUGCCGGCAGUGUCAGUGCAACAGCAGCAGCAGCAGCAGCAACAAGAACACUUGCAUAUACAUGAACAACAGCAUCUUGGUGUGGAUCAUCAUCAUCUACACCACCAGCAGCAACAUCACUAUGCCCAGCUGGAUGGGCAUUAUCAACAGCAAACGGCGACGCCACCACCACCACCACCACAAACAUCUCCGCAGCCACACUACCAUCUGCCGCCAUACCACUAUCACUGGAGCAAGCAGCAAUCACCUCUGCAGCCACCAACAGCACAUCCUCAACCUCAUCAGCCGGAAGAUGCACACUAGAUGUCUCUAUAAGCGUGAUUCGUCAUUUAUUACAACAGAACAACGUAGCAUUCGUAGCGAAGUAGAACUAAGGUAUAACGGUUAUGACGUAUAUGAGCAAAGUCAAUACAAAAUGCGGAGAUGACUUAGUUGUCACAGCGACGUUUAAGUAAAAAAAAAACAUUUACCAUCCUCGCGUCGCUGCAUCUCUCUCCUCCUACAGUUGUAUAUGCCUAGAGGAAAUAGCAAAUAAAUUAAAUAUAUACAUAUAUAUGAUAAUGGUGAUCAACCUUGUAGAUAUAGUAACAUGAGUAGUUUUUAGUUUGUGUAAAGAAAAGUAUGUCUCACUUUUUGUAUUUUUAUUAUUAUUAAUAUUAUUUUUGUAAUAUUUUAAGAUACUUCUAAUUUCAUACCUAUGCUGGGAUAUAGAGUUAAUAGAAAGAAAUAUCAAACAAACAUUUGACAAAAACAUAAACAAAUAUGCAUUACUAACACAUGACAUAAAGCGACUUAAAGCAAGCUCUACGCUAAUGCUAAAAGGAAAAGGAAAGUGGAUUCAAGAGAACCAGACGUUAUAACAUAAUGUAUACAGAACCGUUGAAAUCGAAUAAAAUUGCAAAGGCUUUCUUGUUGGAACGCAUCCAAAGACCAACUAUAGCGGUCCUGCAUAUCAAAAGCGCCGCGCUUUCGUUAUAAAAUAUUUGCAAAAUUUUUAAUACAUAUUCGCAGUUUGUUUAGUGUUCGAAUUAUCAAUUAAUAGCAGCAUUAAUUUCGCUAAGGAUGUACACAUGUAAAUAGCUCAAAAUUAUUGCUCUGACCCAAAUCUAGUAUUAAAAAUCUAUAAUAAUUGCAUAUUUUCGAUAGGUUUCCUUUUUUUCGUUUUUUUUUUUUUUUUUUUUGUUAAUUUUAAUCGUUUCUCGUUUCUCUGCAAUUUGUAUUUCGAAUCACACAUGUGAUUGGGCGAAAAAUACCUUCGUAUGCUGUCUCGCACUGCGCACUCCCCCACAAUAAAAUUAUCAAAUCUAAGAAGCGGCAUUAACAUAAAACUGCUCUAGUUAGGGAAGGAAACUAAUUAAUAACACAAUAUUUCCAUUAUUUAGUACAAAAAUCUGAAAGUAACGGUAUUAAGUGUGCACAGAACGCUACUAGCUAAUGGUAAUCUUCGCAUGUCAAUCAAAAUAAGAAAUUUAACAUUGUUUUAUCUUUUUUCAUUUUUUUUCUAUUAUUUCUUUUUUAUUUAUUUUUUUUUUUUUUUGCACGUCUUGUUUCUGUUGUAAAAUGUUUGUUAUUGUCAACUAGAAAGUAAAUUAAUUUAAAAUUUUAAAUUGUCCAUUUGAGGUACACUAUUUUCUCUUAAACCUGUAAAUAUGGUUUCUAAAAAUGUUUCUCUUCUUAAUUUCGCUUACAAACUGUGGCCCAGUCACAAUCCCAUCAUAUGAACAAGCGCACAUGCCCUAACGAAAUAUCUUAUAUGUAUGUUACUGAGAGCAAAUUAAAGAUUAUACAAAAUGCAUUUCCUCAAUAUUGAGAACCAAUGCAAUUUAGAAAAUUAAUUUCUUUCAUAUUUAUUGAUGCUAUUUUUAAAAUAUGAUUCGUGUAUAAAUAGUGUGCAUAUACAUAUAUACAUAUAGUAUAUAUAUAUAUGCAAGUAUUUUUUGCAUAUUAACGAGCAAAUGGAACUCCACACAAAAUGUGCAUGUAACAUAAUAAUAAAGGAAUAAAUCUACAAAAACAAUGAAAAAGAAAUGCAAAUGUAAAACUGUGCUUAAUAUGCAACAUAAAUGAUAGGAAGAAAAUUAAGUUAAUUUCUAUAGCUAUGUCUAGCUUUUAACUUAUUAAAUUAUAUACUACUGUAAAACUACUAAAAAAUGUAUUGCAACGCAUAAUGAGAGUAAACGAUGAAAAUAACAAAAACAAAACACUGCAAUUUCAGCAUUAAAAAAAUUAUCCAUAUAUAUGAAAAAUGCUUAAAAAAUUAACCAUAAAACAAUUAAUGUUAGAUAUGUAUACAAGUAAAUAUAUAUAAUUGUAUAUGUAGUAACGUACGUAGCUGUAAAUCAAUAUUGCUUACAACUGAUAUAAAUAAAACUAAUAUUAAAUAUUAAUUGGAUUUAAAAAAAAACUGAAAUGAAAUCGGAAACGGAAACGGAAGCGUGAUAGACGGUGUAUAGUGUGUGGUCUAGUGCAAUCAGCUUGCAAAAUAAAAACAUAUACAUAUAUAUAUACAUAAAUGUGAAAACGGUAGAUUGACAAUUGCGGACGUGCGCUAUUUGAUUAUACCGACACAAACUUACCAGAACUUUCAUUAUUAGGCUUAGUACAAGCGCAAUUCGUUGGAGACUUUCAUGUUGAAUGAAAAGUGACUAUUAUUUGAGGGCUUUAGCUGUUUCAUCGAUCCAAUGCGUCAAGUUGCUACAAACUCAACAGCAUAAAUACGUUAAGGCGGGAUUUAAACAAAUAAAACGGCUAGCGUUAACAUUGAAUUUAAGUGGGUAGAUUGUUGUUGUAAAUGAUAACUGUCGGUGGCUUAGUUUAUAAUAUUUAAGAUACAUAUGUACAUACCAUACAUACAAACAAACGUAGGGAGUAAAACUACAAGCAAAAGAGCUGUUUGAUUGAGUAAAUGAACAAGAAAAAUAUGAACGCAUGUAAGCGUGUAAGAAGCAGCAGCAGCUAAGCAACAUAAACCUAUAAGUUACCGAAGUACGCGCUUAAGAAAAAUAAACGAAAACAAAAAAAAAAA